AUGCAUUUCCGACAAUUGACAUGCACGUCCGUGUUACUGGCUUGCGCCAUCGCGGUGUUCGCAGCCCCCGCCCCCAUCGCUGAGCGAGAUUAUGACAAUGAAAUCGAAGCUCGGGGCUGGGAUGCCCACAUGAUCCCGCGCUACCGCGGCAACGACUUGAUGGCUGAAGCCUACCGUGCCGCUGUGCUUGAAGCAAGGGCUCCCCCCAAGGUUGUUCCAAGGCCUGCCGCAAAGCCAGUCGCGAAGCCAGCUGCAAAGCCCCCUGCAAAGCCCGCUGCCCCAGCGAAGCCACCAGCGAAGCCAGCCGCACCAGCUAAACCACCAGCUAAGCCAGCCGCACCAGCCAAACCACCAGCCAAACCUGCUGCUCCCGCCAAACCCCCGGCGAAGCCUCCUGCAAAGCCAGGCCCUGGCGGCCCGCCCCCGCCCACCAAGCCUGGACCCAACAAGCAGUGUGGAGCCAAGAAUGGGAAGGGCAAACGCGCCUUUGAUCCCACUUGUCCCUCGAACACUCUCACACUCGGUGGCGUGACCCGACCCAUCAGCAAGGUCGGCGAGCAAGGCAAUUCGGCCGUGACUUACAAAGUCGACGGUGGCUGGCCCGACCCAACCAACGGACAAAUGGUCACCGCCUAUGCCAAGACAGGAAGCAGGCCAGGAACAUCAUUCGCCGAAGAGGCUAAAUGGCUUGCGAAAACGGACCAGUUACUAGCUGAAGGGACUUACGACGGACACAAUUUCAUCGUGUUCCACGGCGUGUCAGGGAAAUUCAAGAUCCAGGACACUUCGUUCUUCAUGACGUUGUACCCUUUCAUGCAAAAAGGCGACUUGAAGAGCUGCGAAGCCGCAGUGAUGAAGAAGAUUGAUUUGAUUGUGAAGGAAGCUAAAGUCUAUGUUGACAAAUACGGCAUCCUCCAUACCGAUAUCCAACCCGGCAACAUUCUCUGGGACAAGGCUGCCAACGACCCCACUCUCAUCGACUGGGGCAGAGCCAAGGAAGUUGGCAAGUGGUCUGCUGAUAUCGAGGCUGCUGUUAGGAAACAAGCGGAAUUCUCGCACUUGAAGGGAGAGGAAAAGCUCUGCCACGAUCUCAGCAAAUAA